AUAUCAAAUGUAAAACUGGAGUAGGAGUGCAUUUUUUCCAUUUGUGAUUUCCAUUUGUUGUCACCAGCAUCAAUAUACAAGUCAGAUGGCUAGCUACAGAUACAGGUCUCGUAAAUUGUUAGAUUAUUCGGAUUCUUCGUCGUCUGAAUCGUCUGAUUCUGAGAGUUUCGACGAUGAAGAAUCAACUGAAGACUCGGAGGAGGAUCUAAGAGGAGCCACGUACUUAUCCAAACACAGGGUUCGGGGUUCUGGGGACAAGGCUAACUCGGGGUAUCAGAUCGGCAAUAUAACGGUCACUGUUGUUGGUGGAGACAUUACCAGACAAAAGGUUGACGUAAUAGUGAACACUACGAAUCCUCGUCUCGAUCUGAGCUUAGGGAGGGCUUCUAGUUCCCUCCUGGCCGCGGCAGGGAGGGGCAUUCAGAGGGAGUGUCGUCAGACUUAUACGAGGAAAUUAGACCCAGGAGAAAUAGCGGUCACAACAGGAGGACACCUCGCCUGUAGGGCAAUAUAUCACGGAGUUCUGACCAAGUAUACAUCUAAAAAAGACGAACAGAUUUUAGAAGACUUGGUGACAGAGUGUUUGGAUCAGGCUGAUGCUGACGGUUACAGGUCCAUCGCCUUCCCACCAAUUGGGACCGGAUACCUGUCAUACAAUCCAACAAGAGUUGCUGAAAUUAUGUUUGAAUGCAUUGAAAAUUAUGCUUCACGAACGGUCACAUCUGUGUCCAUUGUUAUAUACUCACCAGAAAGUAGUUGUUUUCAG